GUUGAUCAUUCUCCAGUUUGUUGUUGUCCAGUAGCUGCUGUCAUCAGCUGGCCGCGGGUUUCAAGAGGUUGUAGCGGGACUCUUAAAUCAAAUAUCGCGGUGCUAGUUUGCCCAUCUUUCUGCAGAUUAACCAGGUUGGCUUUGUUCGAGAAAUAAAACGCGUUUUAUGUAUCAUAUAAAGUGGCAAGAACGUGACCAUGAGUUUGUUGUUGAUCAGCUCGAUAAAUCGGCUCUUAAAGGAAAUACCAGAUUGCCAGCAUUGCUAAUGUCAGCUAUCUCUAGGUCGGUCGGGUUUGGUAACGAUAGCAAGCUUAGGAGGUGUGUGUCCUUUGAGUUUUAAUAAGACCUAAAUCCUUGUCCUUGAUCGUAACUCAGUAAAUAGCGUAGGAGUCUAGCACCUACCGUUAGCUAGAUUAGCUAAUCUCUGCUAACGUUUGAAUUGUUCAGCCAUUAAAAGGCGUAAGGGUACCCUAUGCUAUCAAGCUAAGGUUGGACAACUAUCGUAUUUCAUACACGUUAACCGAGUAAACAUGCCACCCAAAAAACAUAGGAACCCGUCGGUGAAUAUUUCUAGCUCGAUAGAGUCUGAAGAUUUCAGUUUGGAGACGACGGUACCCACGGAGGACAUCUCGUCAUCAGAUGAAAAGGACAAAUCGCAGAAAAUCAAACAAAUCAUUGAGCGAAAAGAGCUGCUGCACAACCUUCAGCUUCUGAAAAUAGAGUUGUCUCAGAAAAACCUCAUUAUUGAUAACCUGAAAGUCGACCACUUGACAAGGACGGAGGAAUUGGAGGAGCGGCUGAAUGAUGCUUUGCACCAGAAGCAACUGCUGGCACUUCGGCUGGACAGCCAGCUGAAAAUGCAACAGGAUGAUAACAGGAAGCAGCAGGCCCUGCGUAAGCAGGAUAUGGACGCCAUCUUGCUGCGGCAGAAGCAGCUGGAGGAGACCAACCGGCAGCUGGGAGAGAAGGCUGGGGAUGUGCGCCGCUGCCUGCACCACCUGGAGCUCACCGAGGAGCGCUACCUGGAGCUCAGGGAGCUGCCCGAGGACAAGCUCUCCAUCUCGGAGUAUGUGGCGGUGCGCUUCUAUGAGGUUGUGACCCCUCUGAGAUCCCUGGUGACGGAACUUCAGGGGAGGAAGAAUGCCCUGUCGGAGGACGUGGAGAGCAACAGGGGGCAGCUGAAGUCUCUCAUGGAGAGUUAUGAGGAGGAGAGGAGGCUGCGGACAGAGCUGGAGCUCAGGAGCCAGCGUCUGACCCUGGAGUUGGCCGACAGCAAGCAGCUCAUUCAGGAGGGCGACUACAAGCGGGAGAACUAUGACCGCAUCAGACGGGAGCGAGACACGUUUGAGGCGGAGCUGAGGGAACUGAGGACAAGACUGGAGCUGCUGGACCUCACACACUCCGCCCAGACCAAGGAGAAGAAUGACCUGCUCACAGAGGUGGCGUCCCAGCAGCAGGCGUUGACUCUGUUGCAGAAGGACAAGGAGUACCUGAGCAGGCAGAACAUGGAGCUGAACGUGCGCUGUGCCCACUCAGACGACCGCGUCGAGAGGCUGCAGACGCAGCUGGACGACGCCAAGCGGGCACGCGAGGACGCCUACGACAGAUACCUCACCUCCAGGUCAGACGGACAAAGGGCAGGGGCAGUAAGGGACCACUAUAAGAGUGAGUAUGAGAGUAAACUCCGUGAUGAGCUGGAGAAUAUCCGCCUGAAGACCAGCCAAGAGAUGGAGAGUCUGCAGCGCACCUCCAAGGAGAUGUACGAACGCGAGAACCGGAGUCUGCGUGAGAUGAGGGACAAUGCCGUGCUUGAGAAGGAGCGGGCCGUGAGUGCAGAGAGGGACACGCAGGCCAAACACGACCAGCUGCUGGACCAGCUGCGUCAGCUGCAGGUGGGGUCGGACAGUCGUGGGUCGGAGCUGCUGAACCAGCUGAAGCUGAAGACGUUUGAGUUGGAACGCGCUCAGAUGGUGCAGGAGGAGACGGCACGCUCCCUCAGCCUGUGUCAGAUCGAGUGUGAGAAACACCAGAAGAAACUGGAGGUGUUGACUAAAGAGUUCUAUGAGCUGCAGUCGUCGUCGGAGAAGCGUGUGGUGGAGCUUCAGUCUCUGACCACUGAGCAGCAGGUCAGACUGGAGACCUACGAGAGACUGGAGCAAGAGCUGGACGACGUCACCAUGCAGGCAGCAGAGAUGGCCAGUGAGGAAGAGGCUGAGAGGGUGCUGUUCUCUUACGGGUAUGGUGCCAAUGUGCCCACCACUGCCAAACGGCGACUCAAGCAGAGUGUUCAACUUGCGAGGCGAGUCCUGCAGCUGGAGAAACAGAACACAUACCUACGGAGAGAUUUCGAAAAGCAGAGCACUCACACAGACAAAGUCACCAAAGAGCUGGAGGCAGCCAAUCAGCUUCUGGAGCAGGCCCAGCAGCCCUACAGCUACCUGAUUGAGACGGUCAAACAGAGAGAUGGACAGAUCCAGAAGCUCAAGGAGCGCGUCAGCUCACUGGAGGAGGAGUCUAGUGCACUGAAGAAGGAGAGAACAAACCUGCUGCAGGUGAAGAACAACAUGGCUGCUGACCUCGAGCGACUCCUCAAUCAUCGAGAGGAACUGUCUGUGAUGAAGCAGGUGCUGCUCAGUAUGCGCUCUCAACAGCAGGGUGACCUCCUUGCCCCUCCUGACACUGGGGUCAUCGCCUCGGAAACGGGAAGCGCCACAGUACAGCCCCGGCGCAUCAGCCCUGGUCCCGGACGGGGGGACAACUUCAGUGACCUUCGUCCCAAGCCGACUGUGUUUACCAAUAAAGGAGUCCCAGAGCGGUACAGAAAAGCCAAGUGUCGGACUAAAUGACCGGUGACUUCCUGACCAGUAACAUUUAGCCCAGCGACCCUUUGACCAGCGACCCUGACCGUGGCACAGGGCUCGCUCCUAUGAUCUACACAUUAUUGGCCAUAGACUUUUAAGAGCCAUGAAAUUGCUGUGUGUGUGUUUACACCGAUUUGUCACUGCUAAGUAGAGUUUGCUUGACUCAUUUUGGUUGGUGCUUUUUGUUUUAAUCCUGUGUGACAUUUUACAAAUGUUUUUUUUUUUUUAAUAAAAUGUAAAUAAAACAUUUUUCCCUUUUCCAGAUAA